AUGAUUCGUUGCUUUUUCGACUUGAAGCGCAAGGCUCUUUUCGACUCCUAUCUGAAGCCUACCCCCAGAUGUCAGCGCAAGUCCAGCCUAGCGCUCGCUGGUCAGGCUUCCAAAGUCAGAUUCCAAUAUGCAUGUCCGAUCAAUGAUGGAUCUUCGUUUGGUCCCGUUCGUGAUCUCGACGCCAGCUCUCGGCCUAAGGCUGCCCACCUCGCUUCAGGCUAUGCCCCAGAGCAGGGCAGUCCAAAGACGACACAGGGUACGAAGAAUGGAUUGACCGAGCCCUCCAGCAGCUUGUGGUAA